AUCAAUCCAACUUUCAUAUUAUUUCACAUAGUAAACCACCCACUUUUCUAGUUUUCGUGUAGUAAAUCACUCAGGUUUCUAGUUUUCGGUUAACUUUUACGUAUAGUAAACCUUUAAGACGCAACAAACCACCCAAUCUCCUAGUUAUUAAACUUGUUUUUACGAGCCAAACUUCAGUUUUCUAGUAGUGAUGGCAACUUCCACAACACAAGAGUCGCCGGUGGUGGCGGUUCCGUGGCAAGUUCUCGAACUCGUUGCCACCAAUCUCGACCCGAAAUCCCUAGCAACCGCCGCUUGCGUGUCGAAAUCAUGGUACGCCACCAUGACUUCCAGCCAUCUUUGGAAACACCUUUGCACCACCCACUUCCCUUCGCUCUUCCACCUCCGUUACACCACAGUGCCGUCGCUCCCCUACCACCGCCUCUACAACCUCGGUUUCACCUCCGCCAAACGCCGCCACCGACCACCGUCAUACCCUAAAAUCUCACUUCAUAACCUCCUCUUCAUUAUUACCCUAACCAACCCAAAGUCCCCACCGGUCACCAUAAUCCGCACCGGCUCCGCCUUCACACUUGACCACAAACCCUUGUUUCGGUUCGAUUUCGACGUUCGAGACCGCAACAAAUGGUUAAAAUUCGAAGUGUCAGACGACACAAAGGUGACAUGGAAUGUUGUGUUAAGAGGGUUUGAAGGGGUGUUUACUAUGAUGGAUUGUAAAGGGAAGGGGAGUUUUAUUUCUGGUAGUGAUGGGUGGUUUUCGGCCGAGUUACCCUCUUCGGGGUGUUGCUGCGCGGCGAAUUGCGGUGGUUCGAGUGGGAUGGUGGCGGAGAUGAGGUUGGUGAUUAGGGAGGAGGUUGGUGAUGAAGGGCGGAGGACGGUGGUGGGGAGUGUGAAUGUUGGGGUGUUGAGUAUUGUGAAUUGGAGAUAUGUUAGUGUCGAGGACGGGCUUAGAUACUUGCAACAUUUUCUUGAACCUUGUGACGUGUGAUAUGGUUGUUAUUUAGAUUAUACUUUGAGCCUUGUCAAAAUAGUUAAAGAUGUUAUUUGUAAAAUAUUAUUUUAUUAUUUUAUGUUUGUAAAAGAUUAAUGUUCAUAUUAUGUUAUGGAAUGAUUGUGUUUU